AGGACCUGCUCUCCUUUCCAACGUUAAUACGGGGAAACUCCCUGCUUGGGGAAUGAAUUGAACAACAACGUUACUCUUGUAGAAAUACUAUGUAACUCAGUAAUUACGGAAUCAAGUACUCUCAUCAUGGUAGUUAGCUAACGUUAGCUACAACGCUAGGUUACUUGGACAAUCCUUUGAACUUGCUUGCUGACAGGUUAGCUUCCGUCAGCUAACUUCGCUAUGUGAACUAAGUAAGCCAGGGAAGUGGCGAUAAAGAAACGCCCUGCAACUCACUGGUGUUGCAGGUUGCUCUCAUGUGCCCAUGGAGAAGGCAUCCUUUGAGGGGUGGCUGGAGUCAGUCUCUGCCACUUUCCUUACUCUAAAUGACCAGCAGCGCAACCAGUCUCUGGACCACCUUAUUUCUUUAAGUGGUGCUGCCCAGCUUCGCCAUUUGUCUAAUGGACUGGAGACACUACUCAAGCGUGACUUCCUGCGCCUCCUUCCUCUGGAGCUGGCCUUCUACCUGCUGCACUGGCUGGAUCCUGAGACCCUGCUCACCUGCUGCCUGGUCUGCAAACAGUGGAAUAAGGUGAUCAACUCUUGCACUGAGGUGUGGCAGGGUGUGUGUCGAGAGCUGGGCUGGAGGAUUGAUGAAUCGAUUCAGGAUGCAUCGCACUGGAAGGGGGUCUACCUGAAAGCUAAACUGCGUAUGGUGCAGCUGCAUGAUCAAGAGGCCUUUGAGACAUCGUCCCUCAUUGGGCACAGUGCUCGAGUUUAUGCCCUCUACUAUAAGGAUGGCCUCCUCUGCACAGGAUCUGAUGACCUCUCAGCCAAAUUAUGGGAUGUGCGCACUGGCCAGUGCAUCUAUGGAAUUCAGACACACACAUGUGCCACGGUGAAAUUUGAUGAACAGAAGCUGGUGACUGGGUCCUUUGACAACACUAUUGCAUGCUGGGAGUGGAGCACAGGAGCUAAAAUCCAGCAGUUCCGUGGCCACACGGGAGCAGUCUUUAGUGUGGACUACAAUGAUGAGCUGGAUGUGCUGGUCAGCGGCUCUGCAGACUUCACUGUGAAGGUCUGGGCUUUGUCUGCUGGUGCCUGUCUCAACACUCUGACUGGACACACUGAAUGGGUCACCAAGGUGAUCCUGCAGAAAUGUGAAGUAGAAUCUAUGGUGCACAGUCCUGGUGAUCAUAUCCUCUUAAGUGCUGAUAAGUAUGAAAUUAAGAUCUGGCCUUUAGGGAGAGAAAUCAACUGUAAGUGUUUGAAGACGCUGUCAGUGUCAGAGGACCGCAGCAUUAGCCUUCAGCCUCGCCUGCAGUUUGAUGGACGCUACAUCGUCUGCAGCUCUGACCUUGGAGUUUAUCAGUGGGACUUUGCCAGUUUUGAGAUUCUCAGGGUGAUAAAAACACAGGACCCAGCUAACCUGUCCCUCCUCAGCUUUGGAGAGGUGUUUGCACUUCUUUUCGACAACCAUUUCCUGUAUGUGAUGGAUCUUAGGACAGAGGCCAUCUCGGGCCGCUGGCCUCUACCAGCUUACAGAAAAUCCAAACGAGGAUCAAGCUUCCUGGCUGGAGUGACCUCCUGGCUCAAUGGCCUGGACGGGGACAAUGACUCUGGACUGGUGUUUGCCACCAGCAUGCCCGACCAUAGCAUUCACUUAGUACUGUGGAAGGAGAACGGAUAGAAGCAAAUAAGGAUUUCAUAUCCCAGACUGCUAGGAUGUGAGCCGCCACCAUGUUUGCUCUGGAGUUUAUGAAUCUUAACAGCAACAUAGAUCAUGCAUGGACCAAAGCAUUUUGUUUUCAUCUGUUUCUUCCCCCAGCAUACAGUCCUCCUAAAGAAACAAACCUGAACCUCCAGAGAUGGAAAUAGAAGGUCUUUGGUCUCCUGCAUCGGCCUACAAUCAGCUUCAGUGUUGCAGUUCUUCAAAUAAAUAAAAGAAGCAAAUGCC